GCUCCGCCCCUAUCCCAGUGGCCUUUGCGGGAGCAAAAUGGCUGCCCCCGUGCAUCGGGGGUUGUCUUGCUUAUCCAGGGCUUUGGGAUGGUGGUCUCGGCAGCCAGUGUUGGUGACCCAGUCCGCAGCUAUAGUUCCAGUAAGAACCAAAGCACGUUUCACGCCCCCUACUUAUGAACCCAAAUACAGAACAGAAAAGGAAUUUCUAGAACAUGCCCGGAAAGCAGGGUUGGUUAUUCCUCCAGAAACUUUGGAACGUCCGAUACAUAUUGCCUGUACAGCGGGCAUCUUUGAUGCCUAUAUUCCUCCUGAAGGUGAUGCCCGGAUAUCUUCUCUUGCAAAGGAAGGACUGAAACAGAGAGCUGAGCGAUUGAAGAAGAACGUGGCAUCACGAUUGUCAAUCCAGAAGAUAAAAGAAUAUGAUGCUAAUUUUAAAACAAAGGACUUCCCUGAAAAAGCUAAGGAUAUCUUUAUUGAAGCUCACCUUUGUCUAAACAAUUCAGACCAUGACCGGCUUCAUACUUUGGUAACUGAACACUGUUUUACGGACAUGGUCUGGGACCUCAAAUAUAAGACAGUCCGCUGGAGCUUUGUGGAAUCUUUAGAGCCUGCCCAGGUGGUUCAGGUUCGCUGCUCAAGCCUAAUGAAGCAGAGCAACAUGUAUGGCCAGGUGACUGUCCGCAUGCACACUCGGCAGACUCUAGCCAUCUAUGAUCGGUUUGGCAGGUUAAUGUAUGGACAGGAAGAUGCGCCCAAGGAUGUCUUGGAGUAUGUGGUGUUUGAAAAACACCUGACGAACCCAUACGGAAGCUGGAGAGUACAUGGCAAGAUUGUGCCCUCAUGGGCACCCCCUAAGCAGCCUAUCCUCAAGACGGUGAUGAUUCCUGGUCCCAAGCUGAAUCCAGGGGAAGACUAUGAAGAAGCACAAGGAGAGGCCCACAAGCCUCAGCUAGCCUAAUAGCAGAAGGAUUUCUAAGGCGGAAGCUAGGGUGGUGCAGCUGCUGCAAGCUGAGAGUCAUCCACCAUCAUCAGGCUUCAAUUGUUCCCUCUGGUUCUGCUUGAGUCUUUUCAUCAGACUCGUCCUCACAACUGUAGCUAAUGUCUAGGCCCAGGUGGAUGACUGGUAUGCACACAACAGCUUUUCUUCUUUCUAAAAGAACUGAAUCACAUAAAGGCAAUAUGUUUCAGAGAAUGAACAUCAGAUACCAGCUUUUUCACAGCAGGGACUGUGGAAACAAAUUGGCAGCAUUCUUUUUCUCAUCACAGGGCAGGGAUCACAGUUUAAAAUAAAACAUUUUCAGCAUUGGACAAAU